AUGCCCUCCGACAAGUACCGAUGGGCGGCCAGCGCUCGCGUGAACGUGACUAUCCUCCAACACCAUGUCUACAGCGAGACGGGGUCGGGAAGCAACAGUGCCCAGGGCGGUCAUCGAGUGGACCUCGAGCCAUCUCACCGGUUCGCCCCAACAGAUGAAGUCCGCAUCGGCGUGUACCGAUACCUGUUCCACCCCGAACAGCUGAUCACCGGGAAGGAAGACGCAGCCAACAACUAUGCCCGAGGUCACUACACUAUCGGCAAGGAGAUCGUUGACCUCGUCCUGGAUCGGGUCAGGAAGCUGGCGGAUCAGUGCACCGGCCUUCAGGGAUUCCUCAUCUUCCACUCGUUCGGCGGCGGCACUGGCUCCGGCUUCACCUCCCUGCUCAUGGAGAGGCUCUCGGUCGACUACGGGAAGAAGAGCAAGCUGGAGUUCGCUAUCUAUCCGGCGCCGCAGGUGGCGACGGCCGUCGUCGAGCCCUACAACUCCAUCCUGACGACGCACACCACGCUCGAGCACUCCGACUGCGCCUUCAUGGUGGACAACGAGGCCAUCUACGACAUCUGCCGCCGCAACCUGGACAUCGAGCGCCCCACCUACACCAACCUGAACCGCCUGAUCGGCCAGAUCGUGUCGUCCAUCACGGCGUCGCUGCGCUUCGACGGCGCGCUCAACGUCGACCUGACGGAGUUCCAGACCAACCUGGUGCCGUACCCGCGCAUCCACUUCCCGCUGGUGACCUACGCGCCCGUCAUCUCGGCCGAGAAGGCCUACCACGAGCAGCUGUCGGUGGCCGAGAUCACGAACGCCUGCUUCGAGCCCGCCAACCAGAUGGUCAAGUGCGACCCGCGCCACGGCAAGUACAUGGCGUGCUGCCUGCUCUUCCGCGGCGACGUCGUGCCCAAGGACGUGAACGCCGCCAUCGCCUCCAUCAAGACCAAGCGCACCAUCCAGUUCGUGGACUGGUGCCCCACGGGCUUCAAGGUGGGCAUCAACUACCAGCCGCCCACGGUCGUGCCCGGUGGCGACUUGGCCAAGGUGUCGCGGGCGGUGUGCAUGCUGUCCAACACCACCGCCAUCGCCGAGGCGUGGGCGCGACUCGACCACAAGUUCGACCUGAUGUACGCCAAGCGCGCCUUCGUGCACUGGUACGUGGGCGAGGGCAUGGAGGAGGGCGAGUUCACGGAGGCGCGCGAGGACCUGGCGGCGCUCGAGAAGGACUACGAGGAAGUCGGGAUGGACUCGGCCGAAGAGGAGGGCGACGACAACGAGUAUUAGCCCAACGGCGCUCAAGUGGUAGAUUCACACACACACACACACACACACACACACACACACACACACACACACACACACACACACACACACACACACACACACACACACACACACACACACACACACACACACACGUACGCUCCUGACACUGUAGACAGCACAACUACCCACUGAAAACGAAAGCUUAGAAGCGAUAUUUCAUCAAGCCUUAUUGCUUUACCCAAAAUGUCAAACGCCAGACGUCACGGGCUCUCCCACCGCAGUCGAAGCCACUGGAUUUCCAACCGCCUCGCUCACACGCCCCUCACCCUCUCCCCUCCUCUUCCCUCGGUAGAAGAAGAACGAAAACAAAAAAACAUGAAAGGAAUUGAUAAGAAAGAUCUAUGUAUCCACCUGUCUCCGAAGCUUCCCUUGACGCUUCAUCGCCUGCAGUCGGUGCUUCGUAGAACAUCAUAAUUAAAUCGCAGUUAAAUUCCACUUCUUAUUCCACUUCCUCGAAACAGCGGAUUUCUCAUUCGGUCGCGUCUUUCAAUUUUAUUAUCAUCUUUAUGGUUACUCAUUAUCAGCUCUAUGUUAUCAGUUGAUCUCUCAGUAAACGGACGAUUUUGAA